AUGGCGCUAAAAGAAUUAAAUAUUUCCAAGCUAAUAGAAGCAAGCUUUGGAUUCAAAGUUAGCGUGGACGGAAGUAAAACUAUUGCCGAUAUAGAAGAUAAAAAUGCAACACUGAUUCUAAACUGCACAUACAUAGAGAAAGAAGGAAAAAUUAACGAUGGUCAUGCCAUCACUUGGAGAAUAAAAGAUGGUGGCAAUUUAGUUGGUUUUGCUAAACCAUGGGGUCCAGAUCCUAUCUAUUAUUCAGCUGGAAUGUAUCUUCGAAACAGAUCGGAGCUCAUCAAACCAACCGAAAAUUCCAAACAUGCUUUGAUUAUUAUCAAUGAAGUGGUAUGUGAGGAUGAGGAGCCAUCAUACGAAUGCAGCAUAGGAUACAAUCAAGAAGGCCCACAAGACCCAGUUUCCGAAGGAUUAUUAAUUUCACUACAAAAGUCAUCAAAACGACCCCUGGACAUUCCACUGAUACAGACAACUGAAUUACAAGAAAACGAGGACCUGGGCUUGGCCUGUGUCGCUGAUGUAGGAAAACCACCCGGUAUUGUGAAAUGGUGGAGAUUCCGUACUAACAAUGAUUUUACUCUUAUAAAAGAAUCUGAUCAAAUACCCAAUGAAACCGGAAACUGUGAAUUUGUUAUCAGUUUUAAUAUAACACACACGGUUACAAAAGAAGAUAAUGGCGCUUUCUUUCGGUGCACCUCGCAUAACAACAUAAGUAAAGAUGAAGGUCCGAAAGACACAGAAUUGUUAAGAGAUACAAUGAAAAUAAACGUUCUUUAUGAAGCCAAGAUUCUCAACAUAACUAAAGUUCCUGAGUUGAAUUUUUAUCCAGUUUCCACUUCAAGGUUGAACUUGACAUGUUUAGCAGAUGGAAAUCCUAUACCAACUGAAGAUGAUUACAAGUGGACCUUUCAAUCUUUUUAUUCCAACACUAUUGAGGAAAAGCGUUCAACUGGAAAAUUUCUUAUUCUGCAAAAUCUUCAGGAAGCUCAGUCUGGAACAUACACGUGUUCUGUAUCAAAUUCCUUGAAUUCGACGCAUUCGUGGGACAUUACAAUUUUAGUAGUUCCAAAACAAUGGUCUGUUUUACAAUGUAAUUCAAAUCCAUGUGGGGCUUUGGAGAUAUGUGUAGAUCUGAGACAUAAGUACAAAAUGUGA